GCCAAUUUGGCUUAAGGCCUAUCCUCCUCCCAUCGCGGCUCAACUGGACAUGUCGGCUUCCCUGUGCUCUGGGAGGCUUGCUGUUGGUUCGGCCAGCUGGGAGAGGAGAAGUGGUUGCGGGAUGGGCGCCGACUAUGGGCGCCCCAGGCUCUCAGCCGCGGAUCGGAAGUCCAGGCGUGAGUGGGCGAGGAGGUAAGCGGACCGCUGCAUCUUGCAGAAGGAAGAUGAAGAUGCCCAGAAGUGCUACCCAUGCCUCUGCGACGACGUGCAGGAGCUGGUGUGAGCUGGGCCGGCUGUCGUCGGGAGGUUGCUGGCGGCCGUGCCGGUGUUAUGCGCCGACCUGGGCGGCCAGGCCACUGGCGACGACGACGUCUUCCGACGUAAUGUCGCCAUGCACGCUGUCGCUUCGGACAUCAAAAUCCUGACGGCGUCCAUGCCGCAGGUGCGCCAGGCCCAGAAGAGUGCGCGCCUUCUUCGGGUACGAGCUGGUGCAGCCGAUGUGGCACCACCACGGCCGUUCCUCCCCUCACCUUCGACACCGUCGGCUUCGCAGUUCAGAGCCGCUGCUCAGCAGGCGACGCUGCUGCGAACGUCUGCCCCGCCCUUUCGACCUGGAGUUGGGGCACAUCUGCAGUCGAUGGGCGCCCUAUCGGUCGGCGGGGGCCGCAUGUUAGAGAACGCCCAGCCCGACUCGCAGCCCAACGCCGUGUCCAACCAGCUGCCCAACGCCAUCCCCGACUCGCCGCCCGACGACGUGCUAGAGGAUGCGGUGAUAGAGGACCAGAAGGCCGCAUCCAGCUGCGCCCCAGGGCCCCUGCGGGGGAUGUCUUCUAUGGCGAAAGGUGUGUCUUUGGAGCUGGCUGCUGUGACCGUGGACAUGUAGUUCAAGCCCGUUAUCUGCAUGUGGCGCCCGCGAUCGCGGGAGCGGCCGAUGACAAAGCAGCAGGGCCUGGACGUGAUGGGCUCACCCGCUGUGCUGCUCGCUGCCCUUGGUAGGGCCAUUGCUGCUGUUCCGUAACAGAGCCCGCCCAACAUUCAAUACAUCUUCAGCGGUGGAGACAUCUUCGGCUUCUUUUCGUUUUGUGUUGCCGCCAGUUAGCGAGAGACUUUUCAAUGCUGGUCGGGACGUGGAACUCAUAGAGAGUUCAUUGACGAAAACGCUUUGUAUGAGGAGUCUGCCCAGUAGGUCUGGAUCGUGACUGUGGUGGAAUUGUCGUCGGCGCAGGUUCGGGUUCAGGUCUGUACUUCUUCUCGCUCUUCCUGGACGUCGCGUUCAGGACCGUGGUGGACGCGCAACUGUUGUUCUGAGGGAGGAGAGGCUGGAAAACCACGCAGGGCCCCUGUUAGAGGAUUCUGUCCCGCC